UCGGAGCAGAGAAGAAGAAGGUAGAGGGAGAGAGGCUACUGGUGGCCAUGACACUGGUUCCAGAUGCUGCAUCCAAAGGAGCAGUGUGCUUGGAUGGGAGUGCUGCUGCUUAUCAUCUUCACAGAGGGUUUGGCAAUGGUGUUCACAAUUGGUUGCUCCAGUUUGAGGGUGGAGGAUGGUGCAACGAUGUGGAGUCAUGUUUCGAGAGAUCAAAAAGUAGGAGAGGGUCCACAAGGUUGAUGAACAAGUACGAAGUUUUUUCUGGAAUACUUAGCAAUGACCCCAACAUGAACCCAGAUUUCUACAAUUGGAACAGAGUGAAGCUUAGGUACUGUGAUGGAGGAUCCUUUGGUGGUGAUUCAGAAUAUAAUGCUACACUUACCCCACUUUACUUCCGAGGAAAAAGAAUUUGGGAUGCUAUAAUUCAGGAUUUGCUUCCAAAAGGACUCAUCUUUGCACAAAAGGCAUUACUCUCAGGAUGUUCAGCAGGGGGACUUGCAACAUUCAUUCAUUGUGAUGAAUUUCCGAACUUUUUCCCACAGAAUACAACAGUGAAAUGUCUCAGUGAUGCAGGAUUUUUCCUUGAUGUGACAGACAUAUCUGGGAACAAUACCAUAAGACCUUUUUUCCACAGCUUAGAAACUCUGCAGGGAGUACUGAAGAAUUUGAAUCAAGAUUGUUUGAGUUCUCAUUUGUAUCCUUAUAAGUGUUUCUUUCCACAACAUGCAUUACCAUAUAUCAGAACACCAUACUUUAUCUUAAACACAGGCUAUGAUGUAUUCCAAUUCCAUCACAUAUUUGUUCCACCUUCAGUGGAUCCGCAUGGGGUUUGGAACCGUUGCAAAUUAAACCCUGCAGCAUGUUCUUCGAUUCAGUUAUUGAUCCUUCAAGGAUUCAGAUUGAAAAUGCUCGAUGCGCUGCACUUGUUCACCAAUUCAAGCAAUGGUGGCAUGUACAUAAACUCCUGUUUUGCUCAUUGCCAGAGUGAAUUACAAACUACUUGGUUCGCGCCUGAUUCACCGAAACUACAAAAUACGACAAUUGCAGAGGCCGUAGGAGAUUGGUAUUUCGAAAGAAGGAUAUUUAAGGAAGUUGAUUGUCCAUAUCCUUGUGAUUCCACUUGUCAAAACAGCAUACCAUUAAUUGAGGAAGGUCAAUGACUUGAAAGAAAAACCCGG